ACAAAUUAAAUGCUGUUUAGACUCAACUCUUUAAACCAUACAGGAUUUCUCUCAGUUGUAUUUUACUGUUGUGAAGGAUAGGUUCCUGUUACAAUACUGAAGGGUAAACUCUCCAGCACUUCCGGUAGCUGGCAUCAUCACGCUGUCUCUCUCACCUCCUCCUUCUGUGUCACCCUCUCCUCCCCCUUUACUUUCAAUUCCCCCUUCUUCCCCACACUGCCAGGACAAGCAUGUUCCCUAUUCCUCUUUCCUCUGCACGAGGUCUUCUGGGUAUUCAUCCUGCCAUUUGCACCUCGGGGGCUCUCUAUUUCUCCUAUGGCAUACCCUGUCUGCAGCAGUCCUGCACCACAUCACUUUCUCUGUAAACCAGAGCUCUGUCAUGGCAUGUUUCUUGUUGCUAAAGGCUAUGAAGCACACAGAAGUCUUUGCACCAGUACAUGGGAAAAGCGUCAUGGAGGUCUUCAUAUUCUUCCUUUAUGCUAUGAUACUUCUCCCAGGUACCACUGGCACCGUGCAUCAGGUGAAGUCAUUUCUCAAUCACACUGCAUACCUAUCCUGUUAUUUUCCAAACUCUCAAAAAAGUGACAUAAAGGAUUUAAUAGUUUUUUGGCAAAAAGGCCUUGAAGUGGUGCAUGAAGUGUACCACGGCCAAGAAAAACAUGAUAAUAUUAGUCCUGAAUAUAAAAAUCGCACCAAGAUGGAUAUGGACAAAUGGACCUUGCAGUUGUUAAAUGCAGGAAUUCUGGAUGAGGGACUGUAUACGUGUAUCAUACAGCAGAGAGUUGAAGGAAUUUCAAGUGUCAUACAUCAGUCUGAGUGCUUACUGCACAUCAUUGCCAACUAUAGUCAACCUGCAAUAGCAUGGCUGCACAAAGGGGAACUAAAGCCCAGUGAAUAUUUGAAGCUUUGCUGUUCUUCCAGUGGAGGUUAUCCAGAGCCCAAGCAAAUGACUUGGUUAAUUUCACAUGAAAACAGAACACGCAGGCUUAUGAAUCACAUGGAUAUCUCACAGGAUGCUGUAACAAAGCUGUACAAUGUUACUACCAAGCUGAAUACCACAGUUCCUACAAACACCCUCACUAAUAUCAGCUGCUUGCUUCACCUUGGAGAGGAGCUGGGGAGCCUUGUCUCAGUGCCACUGGGCAUAGAGAUAAUUCAAGGGGAAGAAAUAGAGCAAGUGAAGAUACAUUUCUUUGGCCCACUUAUAGCUGUGAUUGUACUGAUCACAGUUCUUCUAGGUUUUGUGAUCUUGAGGAGUAGAAAUAUCUCAUCCAGCAACCAGAGUGUCAGUCUAGCAGUCUAGAAGCUAUCCAGCUUGAAACUUCAGCCAUCAGCCAGACUGCUGACUGGAAACCAUCUCUGCACAUAGCAAGGCCUGAGGUCCUGUGUUCUUACAUGGUGUGCCAGAAAAAGAAUCCUCCCCAGAUAUCCUACAGAGCAACAUGCAACAUUUUUGCCUGAUGGUUAAAAUACACUGUCCAGUGAUCUCUGCUUUUAUUUUUGUUCCAGAAUGUAGUAAAUAUGAUGCUCUGCCUGUCUGCAUGACUACCUUUUUGCUGCAUCUUCCAUUACAUACCGUGACAUUGUAAAACCCUGAGUCAAUGAAGAAAGCAGAGCUGCGUGGGUUUCAGAAGAUUCAGAAAUAGAAAGUGUUAGGCCACAAUCUGUGGAUCACAACCAUCACUGGAAACAUGAUCAGAGGCAGGUUAUUAAUUAUGAGCCAUAAACACUUUUAGGAUAGCCAGUGUGACUUUGUACCAGUAACUUUCUUGUAAAGCUCCACCACAGAAAGAGGAAAUUCAAGGCAAUUCCCCACCCUCUGAGACAAGUUGCACAAUUCCUAUGAGACCUUUGAAACUAGAAAUCACCUAAAGGAAAGACUUGCUUUAAAUAAUUGCUGGUU